GCCUGGGCCGAGCUGGCUCCACCGGCAAGGCUACCGUGGCCCUUUUAAAAGGCAGAGCUGUGGAGGAGCCGAGUCCGAGCACACACCAAUGAGAGGCCUCAUUCGGCAUCCGCCCCUCCCACCCCCUCCAGAGGUCAGAAGCUUUUGCCUGUUGUACUGUGGACCGUACGGUGAGCGCGGAGGCCUCAGGUUGGCCGUGGUUGCUGCGCUUGCCCGUCCGCUGCUCAAAUGGCCCUGAGAUGCGUUUCCGGGCGGCUGCUGAGCCGUGGACCAGGCCUGAGCCUCCUGCGCGGGUGGGGCUCGGCGGCGACGCAAACUGAAAAGGGCGGGAAGACACAGAACCGAGCGGCCAAGUCCUCACGUCCUGAAUUUGACUGGAGGGACCCGCUGCUGCUGGAGGAGCAGCUGACCGCGGAUGAGAUCCUCAUCAGGGACACCUUCCGCACCUACUGCCAGGAGCGCCUCAUGCCCCGAAUCCUGCUGGCCAAUCGCAGCGAAGUUUUUCACCGGGAGAUCAUCUCAGAGAUGGGGGAGCUUGGUGUGCUGGGCCCCACCAUCAAAGGGUAUGGCUGUGCUGGAGUCUCUUCUGUGGCCUAUGGGCUCCUAGCCCGAGAGCUGGAGCGGGUGGAUAGCGGCUAUAGGUCAGCAAUGAGCGUCCAGUCUUCCCUCGUCAUGCACCCCAUCUACGCCUAUGGCAGCAAGGCCCAGCAGCAGAAGUACCUGCCCCGGCUGGCCAAGGGGGAGCUCCUGGGCUGCUUCGGGCUCACAGAGCCCAACCAUGGGAGUGACCCUGGCAGCAUGGAGACCAGAGCCCAUCACAACCCAUCUAACAAGAGCUACACCCUCAACGGGACCAAGACCUGGAUCACCAAUUCACCUGUGGCCGACCUGUUUGUAGUGUGGGCUCGAUGUGAAGAUGGCCGCAUUCGGGGCUUCCUGCUGGAGAAGGGGAUGCGGGGCCUCUCAGCCCCCAAGAUUGAGGGCAAGUUCUCCCUGCGGGCGUCGUCCACAGGCAUGAUCGUCAUGGACGGUGUGGAGGUGCCGGAGGAGAACGUGCUGCCUGACGUAUCUGGUCUGUCGGGGCCCUUUGGCUGCCUAAACAAUGCCCGGUUUGGCAUCACCUGGGGCGUGCUCGGAGCUGCCGAAUUCUGUUUGCACACAGCCCGGCAGUACACCCUGGAUAGGAUCCAGUUUGGGGCCCCCCUGGCCAGGAACCAGCUGAUUCAGAAGAAGCUGGCAGACAUGCUCACUGAGAUCACGCUGGGCCUUCACGCCUGCCUGCAGCUUGGCCGCUUAAAGGACCAAGACAAGGCCACUCCGGAAAUGGUCUCCCUGCUGAAGAGGAAUAACUGUGGGAAGGCCCUGGAUAUCGCCCGCCAGGCCCGAGACAUGCUAGGGGGGAAUGGGAUUUCUGAUGAAUAUCACGUGAUCCGGCAUGUCAUGAACCUGGAGUCUGUGAACACCUAUGAAGGUAGGGCUGGGGCUCUGUGGGGAGGAGUGUUACAGCGGCCUCACUGUCUAGAGAAGGGGGGUGGGGACAGCAGGCCUGAGCCCUGCUCCCAGUUGUCAUCACUAGCAGUGUGACCUGGGACAAGUCCCACUCUGUAUUCUUAUUAGGGGUAGCUCACACUGGGACUGUGGAAGUGAAAUGCUCUCAGCCCUUUCCCCCAUGGUGCUCGGGAGGAGGGGUGCUCCCCAGACUGCUUCCAACCUCCUUGGGCAUCCCCAGAGUGGGGCACGAUGCCUAGAGUGAGCUGGUGGAUGCCAGGGAGCAAGAGUGCAGCUACACACGGGAAUCACCACUCCCUUUUAUGUUAAGAGAAAAAAAAAAAAAAGAUAAAUCAUGACCAGGCUGUGGUGUCUGCACCUGGGAACUGGUUGUGACUAACACUGGGCCCAGAACCCCUGGGGAAGACAGACAUGGAAAAAAAAUCAUUAAAAAAAGUACAGUCUAGUAUGAGCCAGGCAGAAAAAGGGGGAGUUGUAAGAGGCGGGUGCUUAUCUUGGGAAGAAAGUGGGAGCAUGUUAGGCCUUAAGAGAGGUAUAGCUCCCUGGGCAGAGGCAGUGAAAUAGCUUUUUCUUAUUCUUUCUUUUUUUUGAAAUAGCUUCUGUAUGCUAUUCUGGAUGGGACAUUCCAGAAAAAGCAAGAGGGAGGGUUGAGGUGUGGGAAUGACCCUGAGGACAAGCAGAGGAGGGCCUUCAGGGUGUUUUAUGCAGGGGAGGGACCAGGUCAGAUAUACACUUUAGGAAAUAAACACACUUAUUUUGCUCCAUAAGAAGGAGGCAGUAAUCCCUGCCUUCUACCCCUUUAAGCUGAGGAAAAGCAUAUAAGAGCACUGAGGGCUGUAAAAUGUUACCCAGAGUUAAGAGCAGAGGAUGUGGGACACGGGGAUAGUGGCUUUAGGACAGGGGAGAUCAGCUGGGACAAGCAAUCUGUCUGAUACUUGCUUUCCCAUCCCAUCUGUAGCUAAGAAGGGCCUGACCUGUCCCCACAGAGCUCUGCAGCAAUCUCAGCCUCUGGGAAAGGAGCAUGAAUGGGUUGAAAAUCAAACAUUUAACCACCUGUGCAGGGGAGGGGGUGAAUUUGCCAAGCGUAGGGAGUGCCAAAGCCGGGCCCA